GCGGAGUCAGCGUGAUUGAUGUGGAGGCAGGGCGGGGCUCCGGUGGUGCAGCCAUUGCCCGGAUGCGAUAAGGCUCGCCGUUUAUUUGGUGUUCGGUCGGUUCGCGGACGGUCAUCGUGCGGGAUGGAGGGUCAAGAACCUAAAGAACCAGAGCAGAUACGCAAGCUGUUCAUCGGUGGAUUGAGUUUUGAAACUAAUGAAGAGAGUUUAAGGGAGCACUUUGAGCAAUGGGGACAACUAACAGAUUGUGUGGUGAUGAGAGAACCAUCAAAACGUUCAAGGGGAUUUGGAUUUGUGACUUACUCUAGUGUAUCAGAAGUGGAUGCUGCCAUGUCUGCUCGACCACACAAGGUUGACGGUCGUGUUGUAGAACCAAAAAGAGCAGUGUCGAGAGAGGAUUCUACAAAACCUGGUGCUCAUUUAACAGUGAAGAAAAUAUUUGUUGGUGGUAUCAAAGAAGAUACUGAGGAGUACCACUUAAGAGAUUACUUUGAGAAGUAUGGCAAGAUUGAAAAUAUUGAAGUUAUGACAGAUCGUGGAAGUGGGAAAAAACGAGGAUUUGCAUUUGUCACAUUUGAUGAUCAUGACUCCGUUGACAAAAUUGUUGUUCAAAAGUACCACACUGUGAAUGGACAUAACUGCGAAGUGAGGAAAGCACUUUCACGACAAGAGAUGCAGGGAUUGGGCUCCGGUCAGAGAGGACGUGGUAGUUCUGGAGGUGGCGGUAACCCUGGUAACUUCAUGAAUCGUGGUGGAAAUUUCGGUGGUGGAAAUGGAGGAGGAAAUUUUAAUCGAGGCGGGAAUUUUGGCGGCAGAGGCAUGGGAAACUUUGGAGGUGGCAGGGAUGAUUAUGGAGGCGGAGGUGGUGGUGGUGGAUAUAAUGGAUUUGGUGAUGGUGGCAAUUUUGGAGGUGGCCAUGGUUACUGUGGUAGAGGAGGAGGAUAUGGCGGUGGUGGCCCAGGUUUUGGCAACCAAGGUGGUGGUGGUGGAGGAGGAGGAUAUGGUGGUGGUGGCUACGACAACUACAAUGAAGGUGGAAACUUUGGAGGUAAUUUUGGUGGUAGUGGAGGUGGAAACUACAAUGACUUUGGAAACUAUCCUAACCAGUCGUCAAAUUAUGGACCCAUGAAGAAUAGCAAUUAUGGGCGUAACCCUGGUCCUUAUGGUGGUGGUUAUGGCUCUGGCGGCGGUGGUGGUGGUGGAAGUGGUGGCUACGGUAGAAGAUACUAAACUCAUUUUACCAAAAGAUUGGCUAAGAAGUCAUCUUCCACUUUUACUGUGACAAGUACGGUAAUGCUCAAUUUCAAGAGUGGUAAGAUUGGUGAAAAUUGUAGUUCUAACUAUGGUAACAUUUUUCUUUCCAUAAAUGGUAACUCCAAGGUUCGAUUCAUUCCACAACCAGGUAUAGUAAUGAAACCAUGUACUCCAUUCUCUACAGACAGUUCUUACUCAAAACAUGUGAAUCGGUAAUGAAUCUGCAUUCUGUCCUGUUGGCCUGCAACAUGUUGACAAAGCAAGUACAUUGUUGUACAAUUUACAAGGAAGUUAAUAGAAGUAGAACAAAGAUGAGAUUUUUACUUGCAGAAAUUGCAUGUUACUAUCACUGGAUUUGGUGUCUUCCAAAAUUACAUUUGCUUUUAAUAAAAGGUUUUUGACCCUUGUCUUGUUAAUGCUAUACUAGAAAAUAUUCAGACUUCACGCUCAAAUGUACUUGAGGUUUUGAAUUCUUUAAUCAAUUUGUAUAAACUGUAAAUGAGAUCCUAAAUGCUGCUUUUACAUUAUCCUUGUAGAUGUUAAAGAAAUGUACAGUAUAUAAUUUUAUAUGCAGAAUUGACAGGUGCAAAAUUUAUUUUUGUAUUUACUCUUGUACAGCAAUUCUAUGCAUAAUUUUUUCAGCCUCCAAUUAUUGUUAUUUCACUCUCCAACUUGAUGUAACACACAAAUCAAAACAUUCCACAUGGAUCUGACAAAGGAAACUCCCUCUACAAAUAUUCAUGGUAAACCAUUAAGUGCAGCCUGAAUGCUUGGAUCAAUCUUCUGACUGGUUGUUCAUUAAAAGGUAGGAUGAGGAUUGUUUGUCACUUGGAAGUAAUUUGUACAACUGAAAUUAAAGCCAAGCACAUAAAUUUUACAUCUGGCAGUCCCUUGCCCCUCAAGAAUUUCCUGUCAUAAGUACUACUUUGUUUGCAGUGACCAUUCAACAAUACAUGCUGGUAUUGUGCACUGCUUUCAAAAAAACAUGCACUCCUGUGUUCUUAACUGAAGGAAAGAACAAGCAUGCUAGUUACAUCUGCCUGUUCCAAAAGCACUUUAUGGCUAAAGAAGUAGAAGUGAAGGUAAAUAAAUUUGUACAUUAAUGAGGUACGCAAAUGUUGGACAGGACCUUUUAAACUUGCUGCUAAAGACAUGAUGGAAAGAAUCCAAAUCAGAGCAAAUAAUGGUUUUCAAUUUCCUCUUGAAAAUGCCAGUUAUUGGCAUCACUUCUCUACUGAAGUAGUGACCAAAUUUGUGUUCUAGAGUGAGGUAAGACUUGAAUCCAUAUCCUUCUGGUGUUGAAUGCUGCCAUUAUGUUAAAUUACUAUCUGUGAGGUUUAAAACAUAAUAUGAUUGUUAGAACAGUCAGAUCCCUCCACUUCAUGCUCAGUCUACCUAGUAAAGCAUUUGGUACACAAUCUGAUGGGAAGAUCUUUGCAGACUCAAAGCAAAAGGAGAGCUUUGGGGAGGAGGAGAGGUGACUUGCUAGAGGUGUACAAGAUAAUGAGGCAUAGAUAGUGGACAGUCAGAGACUUUUCCCCCAGGAAGGCAAUGGCCUCCCUGGCCAAGGGGACAUGAUUUCCAGGUGAUUGGAGGAAGAUAUAAGUGGGUGUCAGUAAUUUUUAGUGGUGAGUGUGUGGAACACAUUGCCAGAAGAGGUUGUGGGGACAGAUACAGUAGGGACUCUUAAGAGACUCUUGGACAGACA